AUGCUGGGCGCCAUCUUCCAGCGCUUUGAGCGGGAGGGAUCCAUCCUGCGCAAGGAGGCCAGGAACAAGGAGGCCUCUGCGCACCAAGGCGAGGAAGAAACAGAGAGCAAGAGCAACGGUGCCGAUGCCGAGGAGAGCUCCAAGGGAAAGGACAAAGCCGAAGAUACCGUCGUUGAUGAUGAAGACGGCGACAAGAGCGCCAAGCUGAUUGGGCAUUGCUGUUUCCGCAAGCAGGCCUCCAACAGCGCCUUGGAGGGCAUUAUCGAAACGGUGGGCAACGGACACCAGGCAAAGAAGGCCAAGGAGCCCAAGGCGGAGCUCACCAGCCCCGCGUUCGAGCUGGCGUUCAGUGACUGCCACAUGCUCUUCCGUGCCUUGUGCAAGCUCUCCAACGUUGACCUGCCCGAAGGACUGCUUCCCGAUUCGGUGGAUGUGAAGAGCAAGAUCCUCUCCCUGGAGCUCAUUCUUUCCAUCCUCCAAACGGCCGGCCCCACGUUCAAGCACACCCAUCGCUUCAUCAACAAGGCGUUCAAGAGAUAUCUGUGCCCGUCGAUCGGCAUCAACGGCAUUUCGUCCCUGCCACGGGUCUUCCAGCUGACCCUCAACGUGUUCCUGCUCCUCAUUUCCAACUUCAAGGUCUACCUCAAGGAUGAGAUUGCGAUCUACUUCACCAAGAUCUUCUUGAGGAUUCUGGAGAGCGACAACAGCACGACGCAGGCCAAGGGAAUGGUGCUCGACUGUCUGCUGCAGAUCUGCAACAACGCACAGAUCCUCGUCGACAUCUUCGUCAACUACGAUUGCAGCCUCGAGUCGCAGGACAUCUUCGGCCGUAUGGUGAAUGAUCUGUCGACGAUGGCCAAGGGCUCGCCUAGUGUACAGACCGGUCCCGUGGUUCACGAGUCCACUCUCAGAACGCUGGGUCUGGAGUGCCUGGUGACCAUCAUGAAGUCCCUGGUGGAGUGGAGCAAGGAGCUGGUGAAGGAAAAGGAAGACAAGGACAGCACUUCGGACACGGAGUCGAUCGACGACGCCGGAGAACGAACGCCCGACCGAUUUGAGAAGAAGAAGCACAUCAAGCUCCAACUGGAGACCGGCAAGGAGAAGUUCAACAUCAACGCCACCAAGGGAGUGCAAUACCUGGUGGACGCGGGUCUGGUCGAGUACACACCGGAAGCUGUCGCCCGAUUCUUCAAGGAGCAGGGUGAGGACCUGGACAAGGUGCAGAUCGGUGAAUACUUUGCCAAGGGCGGUCCCAAGGGCGAGUUCAACAAGAAGGUGUUGCACGCCUACAUCGACAUGUUCAGCUUCACCAAGAUGCCGAUUGAUCUGGCCAUCAGGCACCUGCUCGGCAACUUCCGUAUCAUGGGCGAAGCGCAGGCGAUUGAUCGCGUCAUCGAAAAGUUCGCCGCUCGUUGGUUCGAGGACAACCCGGAUUCCAUUUUCACCUCGGCCGAUGCGGCUUACAUGUUCGCCUACGCCAUUAUGAUGCUGGCCACCGACUUGCACAGGUACCUGUGUUGA